CAGGCAUUUUAAUUAAUUUAAUUUAAUAUAAAAAUUUUAAUAAAUAAAUUUAAAAAAUGAAAUUAUCAAUUUAUUUGAUUGUAUUAGCUGUAAUUAUUAAUACAGCAUACAGUUUAUAUACACAUGGUCAUAAUGGUAGACCAAAUUGUAUAACAAGAAUAGAAUUAGAACAACGUAAUUGGAGAAAUAAUUUUGAUCCAACAAGAUAUUGGAUAUGCAGUAAAGAACGUGUACCAGCAACAGAAGCUAAAUGUCCAGAUCAACAAUUUUUCAUCGGAACAAAAAAUAAAUGUGUUCCGAUAUCAGAAUGGGUAUGGACACCACCAGUUGAUCCACCAUCUUUGGCUUAAAAAAAUUAAGAUAUUUUAAAUAGGAUUUUUUGUUUUUUAAUUUUUGAUCAAAUUAUUAACAAUCUAUACUUGAUUUCAUAUACAAGAAUAGAUGAUUUAUGAUGACUAUAGAGUGUAUUUACUAUGAACAUUUUAUA